AUUUCUCGAAGGCACGCCCCCUUUUUGUCUUCAUCUUUCUAAUAUCUGAGAGUAGACCGAAAGCAUUGAUGACACUCUCAACCAAAUGGUUGCGCCCGUGAAGAGAUUUUUUAUUUUUUUUGUAUUUGUACCACGUAGGCCUAGGACAUUUUAAUGUCAAUUUUAAAUGCUCUCACACACUUGAUUUCAUUGCUACUUUAUUCCGGUCACCAAUUAUACAUUGCAUGGUCUUGCUGUGCGUGCAAUACAAUGUAAAAAUGUGUUGUUUGUUUUUGGGCUGGUUUGCUAAAGAGGCUAAAGUAGCUAACAAUAAACAACAACUAGCCAAUUUCAUGACACAAUCACAAAGACGAACAGGAUGCUAUGAAUGCUCCGAGACCGGAAGUGACGUAAUAAGUGCAACUCGGAAGGCUGGCGUCCGAGAAUUCAGGAACACACCAUAAAGUGAACUUGCAGCAAGCCUUAAGAGGCAAACUUAACACCCAUUGUAACAUUUGCAUUACGAUACAUUAUAGCUUACAAUUAUAAACAUCACCUGAUAAAUUCUCGAUCAUGGUAAACCAUCUCAAGCAGUUCUAAUAACGGAUUCAUCUGAUUCAGCAGUGAAGCGCCAAGGCGUCCCUGCGGGCAUCCAUUCUUGUCGUUGUAAUGAAGUCUUGUCUCACGAACGAUUUGUUUAUUCGGUUUUAUGUCAUUGAGGGGCGUUUCAUUAUUUCGGAAGAAGGGAAGGUUUACGUAAAGACACGUAGAACUUCUGAACCUCCGAGCUGGUUUGAAGGCGGCACAAAACCAAAUUAUGAUGAUGUCACACAUGUUGGCUUGUACACUUCCCCAUGGUCUCCAGCUCGAGACUCCAGGCAAAUUUGACCCCUCGGGGCUCUCUGGACUUUCACUAUAUUCAAAUCGAGGGAGCCAUGAUCCCAGGCCGGCCGGAGCGCUGCGGGGGGGGAGCGCAGCAGCCGUCCGGUCUCUCCCUCUCAUCGCGUCUUCAGCUCCACGGGGCGUCGCUGAUGAAACGGGAACAAUGCGGCUCACCGCGCGCCCUGCGGGUUGAAGUGUCCCGGUUUACUUCUUAUGGGAUUCCGCGCUCGGCAGAGGGAGUGUGAUUGUGUGUGUGUCAGUGUGUCAGUGUUUGUCAGUGUGUGAGUGUGUGAGUACUGCUCUCAGCGGAGAAUGCCUGAAGCCCGAGUGAAGCUCGUUGUGACCGGGGACGACUUCGGCUACUGCGCGAGGCGGAACCGCGGCAUUGUGGAGGUGUUCCGGGCGGGCGGUCUAUCCGCCGUGUCGCUCCUGGUCAACGGCGCCGGGGCGAAGGACGCGGCCGAGCUGGCCAAACGGUAUGCCAUCCCGAUCGGUCUCCAUGCCAACCUGUCUGAGGGCGUGCCCGUGUGCGCGGCGCUGCGUGGCUCCGCCUCCCUGCUGGAUGGGAGGGGCCUCCUGAGGGGAAAGGCGGGCUUCAGGGAGGCUCUGAGGGCGGGGCUUCUGCUCAUGGAGGAGGUGGAGCUGGAGCUGCGGUCUCAGGUGCUGUUGUUCGCAGAGCUGUUGGGUCACCUCCCCGGUCACAUGGACGGGCACCAGCAUGUUCACGUACUGCCUGGUGUGCGGGAGGUGUUUGCCCGGGUGCUGGCAGACUUCGGGGUACUCUACACCCGCGUUCCGGUAGAGCGGGGUUGGAGGAGCUGCCCCUGGCUGCCCCCCCACCUCCACCUCUUCUACGCCCAGGUGGAGCAGGACGCGCUGGAGGCAGCCCCCGUCUUCUCCCGCCACGGCAUCAGGUGGCCUGACGUCUACCUGGGCCUGACCACCAUGGGCCAGAACAUGUCCAUCUCCAACGUGAGGAGAGCUCUGCGCCUGGCCUUGGAGCCCCCCCCCUGCUCCCCCUGCCCCGCGCCCCGCGUCCUGACUGCCGAGCUGAUGGCCCACCCGGGGUACCCCAGCCGGCCAGCCGAGGGGGGGUGCGGUGCGGGGCCGGACGAGUUCUCCCGCUCGGCGGACCGUCGGCGGGAGAUGGAGACCCUCUCAGACCCCGCGCUGCUGGAGCUCUACGCCCAGGAGGGGGUCCAGCUCUGUGCCUUCAAGGACCUCUGAGGACCCCUUCCCGAGGCCCAAGGGAGCUGCACCCGGCUGCUACACCCCCUCCUGAGCUCCACCUAAAGCCGUCUGAACUCCACCUAAAGCCAUCAGAACUCCACCUAAAGCCAUCAGAACUCCACCUAAAGCCAUCUGAACUCCACCUAAAGCCGUCUGAACUCCACCUAAAGCCAUCUGAACUCCACCUAAAGCCGUCUGAACUCCUCCUAAAGCCAUCUGAACUCCACCUAAAGCCAUCUGAACUCCACCUGAACUCCACCCUAAGCCAUAGAGAAACGGAGGUACUCAGGUCUCCGCCAUGACCCUGUCCUCAGUCAGCUAGAGGCCACCACCAGGUGGGCGUGUUCAGUAGCUAGCAUCACCAGGUGGGCGUGUUCAGUAGCUAGCGUCACCAGGUGGGCGUGUUCAGUAGCUAGCGUCACCAGGUGGGCGUGUUCAGUAGCUAGCGUCACCAGGUGGGCGUGUUCAGUAGCUAGCGUCACCAGGUGGGCGUGUUCAGUAGCUAGCGUCACCAGGUGGGCGUGUUCAGUAGCUAGCGUCACCAGGUGGGCGUGUUCAGUAGCUAGCGUCACCAGGUGGGGGUGUUCAGUAGCUCGCGCUAGACUGUUGUAGGGUGCUAAGCACACAGACAGAACACCCUCUCAGGUGUUGUGCCGUGUUCGUGUUUAAGUAUGACUUAUGAAUAUUAUUUGCAACCAUUUUAGAACUCAUCACGCUCAGUGACUACUGUGAAUAUAGAAACUGGAAUUAUGAAGGACGUUCACACAAAGAGCUUCAGGCUCUCAUGUACCUAAACAGGUUUUUACUCUUCCUGACGGAAGGCUGUCGGGCUCUGUUCCUCAUAGUCUGUGUAACACUACUGCCAGCCUGGGUUCACCCUCUUGACCUCCUGUGAGGCUGGGGAACCAGAAGACUCCCUGGUUUACAUUCCACUACCUUCAGGUCUGCUAACAGACAAUGCAAUGCUCACUACUGCCACAUUAAUAUUAUUAAUAAUUACUGAAUAAUAAUGCCGUUAAUUGUUCCAGUGAUAUUGAAUAUGUCUAGCACAUGCAUCCCUUGGUUCUGGACUCAGUAAGUUAAGUGUGUAGAGCCAAAGUAAUUCCUGUAACACGCCAUACAAUGCAAACAGGGGAUUAAAGUUCAUACAAUACA